UCCUUUCAUUUCAUUUGGUACAUGUGUUUAUGUCCAGCAUGUGGUAUCUUAACUCGGUAUUUCAGUUUUCGACCAGUUGUCGUCCUAGGAAGCACUCUCUUUUGUCUUGGUCUACUACUCAGUUCAUUUGUGAAGGACAUUCCGCUGUUCUACUUAACAUAUGGCAUAAUAUUUGGCACUGGGACAUGCAUGUUAUAUAUGUCAAGCAUAAUAGUUUUGCCAUUUUGUUUCCAAAGAAAUUUAGCCGCAGCAACUGGGGUGGUAACUUCGGCAAAUGGCGGUUUCACAAUGUGGUGUGGACCGGUGUACGAAUAUCUAAUACGACAUUACGGAUGGCGUGUCACAUUAAGAAUAUUUUCAUUAUUUUUCAUUCCCUUACUGUUUGCGUGUGCCCUGUUCCCGAGCAAAAAACAAAUACCUCGUGAAAAGAAAAAUGACUUAAACAUCAGGAAAUCGUUUGGUAGAAUGUUGAGAAAUAAAGGAUUUCUACUUUGGGUGUUUCUGAUGACAUUGGUGUAUCUUGGACUCUUUGUUCCUCAGAUGCAUUUGAUGUCGUUUUGUAAAGAUGUUGGCAUACCAACUUACAUAAGCGUAUACACAUUACCUUAA